CGUCAUUAUUGUAUUGUUAGAACUUUCAACCAAUGAGUAGAAUGGUUGCGAUUUGCUCCUAAGCAUUGCUCCUGAGGCUUCACUUUCGACGGCAACAAAGAAGGUUGGUCUCUUCCAUGUCUCUCUCAGGUAGCGAUGAUGAGAUGGAAAUGGAUUUUCUUCGUGAGCGGUACCAGGAAAUGGACGGCGGAAACUUUGAAGUGUUUCUGAGUUUCAGAGGGGAAGAUACUCGUUCUUCUUUCACUUCGCAUCUCUACACGGCUCUUCAGAAUGCAGGAAUCUUUGUUUUCAAGGAUGACGAGUCACUUCCACGGGGAAAGCAAAUUUCACCCUCUUUGCGGCUAGCCAUCCAAGAGUCUCGAAUUUCUAUUGUUGUUUUCUCAAAAAAUUAUGCAGAGUCGUUUUGGUGUAUGAAAGAGUUGGAGAAAAUAAUGGAGUGUCACAGAACCAUAGGGAAUGUGGUACUACCAGUGUUUUACGACGUUGACCCCUCUGAAGUACGUCAUCAAAGAGGCGACUUUGGGAAAGCAUUUCAACAUCUUUUAAGCAAGUUUUCUAAAGAGGAGGAGAAAAAGGUUCUGGAUUGGAAGCAGAGUUGGUGGAAGACUCUUCGUGAGAGUUGGUGGAAGAUUCUUCGUGAGAUUGGUGGCAUCUCAGCGGUUGAAAUCCUAUGUUCCAGUAGGAUGGAAAGAGUAGACAAACUCCAGGACCAUUGGAAAGAGACACUUCUUGAGGUUGUACAGAUCUCAAAGAUUUUAGACUUAAAUCCAAGGGGGAAAAUGAAUAUUGCUGAAAGUAUAGAGAUCCUCGUGAGGCAGUCGAUGGCGGGACUUUUUAAAGGUGCUGAAAUCCCAUUUAGAAAAGAGAAGAUUGAUGAUCCGAUGGACUUCCUCGUGAAGCAAUGGAGGGAGGUAUUUUGUGAGCCUGUUAGCACCUCAGAGGUUGCAUUACUAGAUCCAUGUGGAGAAACAGGGAUUGCUAAUGCGAUAAAAUUACACGUGAAGCAUUGUAGGGAGGCACUUUUUGAGGCUGCUGGCAUCUCAGGGGACGCAGUCUUGAAUUCCUGCGGAGAAAUGGAGAUUAGUAAUGCGAUAGAACUCCACAUGGAACAUUGGAGGGACGCAUUUUCUGAGGAAGCUGGUACCAUUUUAGAUUCCAAUGAUUUAGGGUAAUUGAAACACUUUCUGCUUUCGUAGAGUUAUGAUACACUUUCUCUAAAAGUAAAUUUAUGAAAUUGGUAACGUUUAUCAAGUUCUGUACUGGGGAUGGUUCAUUCUGAGAUAUGGUACCUCCAGCAUCAUUGGUGGGAGAAAGUUCGUGAGGCUUAUGGUAGUAGAUAUUUGGAUAACCUACUAUAUUCCGGG